UAGGGGUCAACAAGCUCUCUUUCCUUCCGUCACGACCAACCAUGAGCGGGGACCUUCCUCCUUACCCUCCUAUCGAUCCCACAAAUUACGAUCUCGUCGUCGUCGGCACUGGCCUCCCGGAAUCUGUCAUCUCCGCCGCCGCUUCCUCCGCCGGGAAAUCUGUCCUCCACUUGGACCCCAACCCCUUCUACGGCUCUCACUACGCUUCCCUCCCUCUCUCCGAUCUGUCUUCUUUCCUGCAAUCCCACUCAAUAUGUCCACCGCCGUCUCCGCCGUCAGACAAACCUCAGGAUUUCCUCGCUGUGGAUCUCACGACCCGUCCAUUGUAUUCGGGCGUCGAGAUCAACGACUUCGCCCCACAGAUCCUCGAAGAACACUCGAGGAAGUUCAACAUCGAUGUGUGUGGACCAAGGGUUCUGUUCUGCGCCGAUAAAUCAAUUGAUUUGAUGCUAAAAUCAGGAUCCAACCAUUACGUGGAGUUCAAGAGCAUCCAUGCCAGCUUUGUCGGGGACAAGAGCGGUGAGUUGCAGAGCGUUCCCGAUUCGAGGGCUGCCAUAUUCAAGGACAAGAGCAUGACAUUGAUCGAGAAGAAUCAACUCAUGAAGUUCUUCAAACUCGUUCAAGAGCAUUUGGGUUCGGCUUCUGAGAGCGAGAGUAUGUCGCAAAUAUCGGAGGAGGACUUAGAGACUCCGUUUGUGGAGUUCCUGGAGAAGAUGCGAUUGCCUCCCAAGAUUAAAUCGAUCGUCUUGUACGCCAUUGCACUGCUAGAUUAUGAUCAAGACAAUUCUGAAACUUGUAGGAAUUUACUCAAGACAAGAGACGGUAUAGAUCGCUUGGCUGUAUAUAGUUCAUCUGUUGGCAGAUUUUCUAACGCACUUGGGGCAUUGAUAUAUCCUAUUUACGGUCAAGGAGAACUUCCACAAGCCUUCUGUCGCCGUGCUGCCGUUAAAGGAUGCCUUUAUGUUCUCCGAAUGCCGGUUACUGCUCUGCUUCUAGACAAGGAUACCAACGAGUACAAAGGGAUUAGAUUAGCUUCUGGUCAAGACUUAUUCAGCAAGAAAUUGAUUUUGGACCCGUCCAUUGCCCUGGCAUUGCCAUCAAUGUCAUCAUUGUCCAAUCAGCUGAGGGACACUAUUCAUGUUCUUGCCCCAAAAGGCGACAGCAUCGGGAAGGUUGCAAGAGGGAUAUGCAUCAUUAGAGGAUCUGUGAAAGCUGAUAUAUCGAAUCUCCUUGUUGUAUAUCCGCCUUCAACUUUAUUUCCCGAGCAGGUGACUGCAAUUCGUGUUCUGCAAAUCGGUUGCAGUUUAGCUGUUUGCCCCGAGGGCAUGCAUGUUUUGUAUCUGUCAACUUUGUGUGAAGACACUGAUAAAGGGAAGGAAAUGGUGAAAGCUGCUAUGAAUGUUCUCGUCACGUUACCUGUUCUUCCGGGUAUUCUUGAAAGCGAUUCUGAGGCUCUGAAUGACAUUUCCGUAAGAAAACCCACUGCACUCUGGAGAGCACUGUACGCGCAGGAGCUGAUCAAGGGUGAGAUUGGUGUUAUUAGUUCUUUGUCAAUGCCAGAUGGGAAUCUGAACUUCAGCGAAACGGUGGAAUCGGCCGUGAAGAUGUAUGAGCAACUCUUUGGGAGUGAAGAACUGUUUCAAGAGAUUGUCUCUGAGGAGACAGUGGAUGCUGAAGCUGAAGCUGAAGCUGAUUGAGCAAACUUCGUUUUUCAAUCCCUACAAUGUUUUGUGUUAUUAUGAAAUGAUAGACGAAGAAAAAGCAAACAAACAUAAGAUAUUAGAGAGAGUUCUAAAGGAUAUUAUACAUUGUACAAAAAGUUGUGGAUACUGUCUUUGUUGGUUUAUUCCAAUCGUUAUCUUCUAUUGUGGUAAAUUAAUUCUGUUA